AUGUCUUUCAGAAACGCUUCCAUCCGUAUGGCCCGUCAGGCCACCGGUGCUGCUGCUAAGCAGAUCGCUGCUAAGAGAUCCCUUGCUGCUUUGGCUACCAGAGCCACCACCACCAAGGCUGCUGUCAGAGCUACUCCAAUUGCUACUCGUGGUCUUAAAACCAUCAACUUCGGUGGUACCGAGGAGGUUGUCCACGAGCGUGCCGACUGGCCAAGAGAGAAGUUGUUGGAAUACUUCAAGAACGACACUUUGGCUUUGAUUGGUUACGGUUCCCAGGGUUACGGUCAGGGUUUGAACUUGAGAGACAACGGUCUUAACGUCAUCAUUGGUGUUAGAAAGGACGGUGCCUCUUGGAAGGCCGCCAUUGAGGACGGUUGGGUUCCAGGUGAGAACUUGUUUGACGUCAAGGAGGCCAUCACCAAGGGUACUUACAUCAUGAACUUGUUGUCUGACGCUGCUCAGUCCGAGACCUGGCCAGACCUCAAGCCUUUGAUCACUGAGGGUAAGACUUUGUACUUCUCUCACGGUUUCUCCCCAGUUUUCAAGGACUUGACCAAGGUUGAGCCACCAAAGGACGUUGACGUUAUCUUGGCUGCUCCAAAGGGUUCCGGUAGAACCGUCAGAUCUUUGUUCCUUGAGGGCAGAGGUAUCAACUCUUCUUACGCCGUCUGGAACGAUGUCACCGGUAAGGCUGAGGAGAAGGCCAUUGCCAUGGCUGUUGCCAUUGGUUCUGGUUACGUCUACCAGACCACUUUCGAGAGAGAGGUCAACUCUGACUUGUACGGUGAGAGAGGUUGUUUGAUGGGUGGUAUCCACGGUAUGUUCUUGGCCCAGUACGAGGUCUUGAGAGAGAACGGCCACACCCCAUCUGAGGCUUUCAACGAGACCGUUGAGGAGGCCACCCAGUCUUUGUACCCAUUGAUUGGUAAGUACGGUAUGGACUACAUGUACGAUGCCUGCUCCACCACUGCCAGAAGAGGUGCUUUGGACUGGUACCCAAGAUUCAAGGACGCCUUGAAGCCAGUCUUCACUGACUUGUACGAGUCUGUCAGAAACGGUACCGAGACCCAGAGAUCCUUGGACUUCAACGGUGCCCCAGACUACAGAGAGAGAUUGGAGGAGGAGUUGGAGACCAUCAGAAACAUGGAGAUCUGGAAGGUCGGUAAGGAAGUCAGAAAGUUGCGUCCUGAGAACCAGUAA